AUGGAGUACGGGUACUUGAGCGGCGCCGGCGGCGGCUUCGAGAGCGGCUGCCUGGGUUCCGGUGGCGGUGAGCUGGCGUGGGGCGAACUCGCCUCAUGCGGUCAGAUGUCGCAGGCCGCCUACCGCUACCAGGGCAUGCGCUAUCAGCCGCCGCCGCCGCAGUGUGCGCGCCCGCAGGAUGCUGCCAUCAGAAACCAUCACAUAUUUCCACCAGCGAUGAACUUACAACGUGAGUAA